CCUAGAGUGGCCAUGGGGACAGGCGGGCGUAGGGGGUCGCUGUCCGGGAAGGGCACCGAGGGCGCGGCGACGGCUGCCUCCCCUUGCCUGUACCGUUGUAUCGAGUGCAACAGGGAGGCCCGGGAGCUGUACCGGGACUACAGCCACGGCGUACUCAAGAUAACCAUCUGCAAAUCUUGCCAGAAACCGGUAGACAAAUAUAUUGAGUAUGAUCCUGUUAUUAUCUUAAUUAAUGCCAUUUUAUGCAAAGCUCAGGCCUAUAGGCAUAUUCUUUUCAACACUAAAAUAAAUAUCCAUGGGAAACUCUGCAUGUUUUGUUUGCUUUGUGAAGCAUACCUGAGGUGGUGGCAGCUGCAGGACUCGAGCCAGAGCACAGCCCCCGAUGACCUGAUCCGGUAUGCCAAGGAGUGGGACUUCUACAGGAUGGUUGUCAUUGCAUCUUUUGAACAAGCUGCCUUUUUUGCUGGCAUUUUUGCUUUUCUGUGGGUAGAGCAACCCAUGACAGCAAAAAAAAAGCCCAACUUCAUUUUACUACUGAAAGCACUGCUGCUGUCCAGCUAUGGGAAGCUCCUGCUGAUCCCAGCCGUCAUCUGGGAACAUGACUACACACCUUUGUGCCUCAGGCUCAUUAAAGUGUUUGUCCUGACAUCGAAUUUCCAGGCAAUCAGAGGACCAGCUACCUCAAAAGAGAAGGCGCAAGAGAACCGAGGCCUCACUUUCUGUGAGUGGAGCGAGAGACUGGGGAUUCCUGGACACCCCCAGACACCCCAGGAAGAUCUGAACCACCUCGACACAAGGCUGAGAGCACCGAGUGACAGACACACUCACGGGCAGGCACCAUGGUUCCCAGUAAUGAGAGGGCUCGGCGCCAUUCCUUUGGCGUGUUUGUGUCCUUGAAAUCUAAAAGGACACGGCUGGCCUAAGAAAUGGUACUUUGUGUUUUCUGACAGAAACGCUUUUCUCUUAAGUAGUCUUUCAGAAUAAAUCAAGGUUUUUUUUAUACA